AAAUACUACGAUUUUACUGUUUUAUAGACAGUCAAGAGAAUUUGUGCUAACAUAGCAAGCAAUUGGUUUUACAGCCGAAAAAAUAGUUCCACUCGAAGAAUGAUGAAAGUUAUAAUUCUGACCAUCGCUGCAUUAUGCGUAGCUUGGGGUUAUCCACGGGGGCAAACGGAACCAGGGAGACCACGCCCAGUGCCACUGUUAGCGACACCGGUGACAUCCACAUAUUCAACGGAAGAUAAUAAUUCACCAAUAUCUCCAGCAAUUACUACUGCAAGUCCCGAACCGUCAGUUUCAACAGAAACUACAACUACUCCAAAUUCAACGCCGAAUCCGACAACAAAUACAACCGAGCAUCCUCGACAUUCAAAAAGUGAACUCUUGUACGGUAAUUUUGACAUAGUAAAAGAACAAAUUGAAUUUAAAUGUCAUCCUGAUUAUCCAUUUCGUAUAACAUACAUUCCGAAAAAGUCAGAAAGCGAAAAUACUCCAACUGUUAAGUAUGAAACUUUGAAUGAUGAACUCUGUGUUAUUGAUUGGAAAACUGAUUAUAUUACAAAACAAAAUGCGUGCAUAACGGGAAGGCAUCCCCUUCAUUUAUCAGAGGAGGUCAAAUUUGACACAAUUAAAGAGCAAUUGUGUUUCAAAGAUUUUCUUAAGUUUCCAUUUGAGUUAACUUAUUACCCGAAAUUCUUCGAUGGUGGAAAAAAUGAUGCGUAUGUUGAAUAUGUAAUUAAGAAUAAAUCUGGAACUAUUCGUAAAUUAAGAAGGGAAACGUUACCAGAUUUGAAAUAACUUUUCAGAUAAGAUGCAAUAUAUUUUACU